AGCAGCCUGACAUAUGUAACGCCAGCUUUCUUGAGGGACAUUCUCCGCAAACCUGGUGCGCGUAACAUCCCUAAAGACGACAAACUAUGUCUUUUGGAGUUCAUAUUGAGUGAUGGAGAAUACAGAGAACUUGAGGGUCUUCAGCUGCUACCACUCAAUGAUGGCUCUUUCAGAUCUUUCACGGACAAUGAGGAGGACACGGCUUUAAUCGACAGCGAUGAAUUUCCCAGAUCCUUGCUGCCAUGCUGCAAACACCUCUUCAUCCCUGAUGAUCUCAGUCCAGCUUGCAUUACCCACCUGAAUGAACUGGCCAAGAAAGUUAUCUACAAAGUCAUCAACAUUGACGCAGACCAAGUGGCUGACUACACAAGGAGGUUUUUGCCACCAGACUGGAAGCAGACCAGGACGGGGCUCGUUACCUGGAACAUCGGCUGCAGUCAACAUCCACCUUUAGAAUGGCUCCAAGAAUUCUGGAAAUUUCUCAACACUCACUUCAAAGAGUUAAGUCAAUUCACUGGAAUACCAUUAAUACCUAUCAGCCCCCUGUCUGUCAGUCAGGCUGUGUCACUAGCACAACUACAACAGAGCACAACCCUCAUCUUCCAGAAAAGCAAAAACAUUAGCUUGCCAGAUGAAAUAGCUCAGUUGUUGAGCAAAGCCGGUGGCACAGUGGUCAGAGGAAACGAAUGGCUCCAGCACGUAGACUUAGACUCUUACGUGCUCUGCCCAUCUCCGAGGAGCGUCAUGAAAGUCUUGGUGAAUUUAGACCCUCAGAAUCUCAUUGGAGAACUCAUGACGGCCUCUCACACAGCACGAGAAGAGCUGAAAGAUUAUCUCUCUCGUCUGGAUUCUCUCUCAAGGAGUGAGAAUGAUUUACUCUCAAAGUUGCCUCUCUUUCAAACCAUGAGAGGAGUGUGUUCGGCAGCUCAAUCAAAGAAGGCCGUUCUUAUGACAUCUGGUCUAACAGUACCAACAGAGCUCCCAAUGCCUGAUUCAGUUGUGCAGUGUGCUACUGAGGCUGAUCGCAGAUUGUUGCAGCUGCUCAAAAUUAGUCUCUUGAACACAGCCGAAGCAGUCCUUCUCCUUGUUGCCUGUAUUGAGACGAAAUCUUGCAGCAAAGAAGACACAGACAAAAUCAUGACUUGGAUUUUACAGAAUGGUAAUAUCCUUUUCUCUCAGAAUGAGACCUUGAGACAAAGAUGCAUGGACUUGAGCUUCAUUGAGGUGAACGGAGAAUGGAAAAAGGCCUCAAACUUUUUGGAUCCAAGAAUUAAAUCUUUCUCAGUCAUUUUUGACUCAAAUCUAUUCCCCCCACAUCUGUACACUGACACAUCACAAAUGCUUGAAAGCCUAACAGAUCUUGGAUUGCUUAAUAAAAAAGCAGAUGUAUCACCUCAGCACUUGUUGAAUGCCGCCACACGGAUUGACAAAAUGCGUGUUUCCUCUCCAACUGAGGCUGAGAAAAGAGCUCAGGUUCUCUUAAAAUUGUUGGAUGGCAAUAAACUGCUGUCAAAGUUUUCAGAUAAGGAGUUUCAAAGCUUUAAAAUGCUCAAAUGGAUCCCAUGUAAUCAACCUGGUUAUGACAAAUCUCAGAAAAUUGGUUUCUUCUGCCCAAAUGAAGUAAGACAUUCUGAUUUCAAGGACAUUGUUGGAAAUGUAAUGCCUCUACUGGGAAAUGUCACUGACAGAGUAAGCAACAGACUUGGUCUCAAAUGCCGACCCCCACCAGAAAAAGUGAUGGACAAUUUAUCGGUCCUGCUAUCAAAGGUCCAGAAAAUGGUUGAUCCUGACAGAGAUAUGGAUUUCAAAACGGAGCUGCAUAGCAUUUACAAACACAUGCAAGAUGACAUCUCUGAAUUUGCGACAAUGAUAAACGGGGACACACGCUGGCUGUGGAGCCACAACCAGUUUGUUUCACCAAAGGAUCUGGUUCUUGACUACCCACCUAAUCUAGAUCUGAGCUCUUACAUUGGAAAGGUGCCAGAUGAAUUCCUCUCAUACAAGAAGUUGCUCAAGGAAUCAGGCCUGAGAACGCUAAUUUCAGAUGAAGAAAUCAUUGGCAUUCUGCAUUCUAUCCAGCAAAAUAUUAAAGGAAGGCAACAACCAUGUGCAAGUUCCUCUGAGGUAGAAGUGUCAAUAGAAAUUCUUAACUGGCUUUGGAGAGAGAAGAAGGAUGUUAAGGAUGACAUCCCAGUGCCAGUCAUGUUAGAGGGUGAACAAUACACGCUGAAACCAGGGUCAACAGCAGUCUUCUGUGAUGUCAGCAAAAAUGGGUUGAAAGAUUUUAAGUGCAGCGAGGAGGAAAUUCAAGUUGUACAUGAGGAAAUCACAAAAGCAACAGCUGAAUGGUUGAACAUUCAAUUUCUCAGUACCUUUAUCCUCAAUCCAGAGUUGUUGGGAAUAGAGCAGUGUGGGCAAUCUGAGCCAAUAACAACAAGGAUUAAAAACUUUCUUAAAGAAUACGAUGAAGAAAGUGAUGUAUUCAAAGAGCUAAUCCAGAAUGCAGAAGAUGCUGGAGCAGAGGUCUGCAAAUUCCUGGUGGACUUCCGAGUGCACAAAGAUCCCCCUGAAAGUCUCAUUGACCCUGACAUGGCUCUUUGUCAAGGACCCUGUCUUGGGGCAUUUAAUAAUGAGCAGUUCACAGCUGAGGACUGGAAAAAUAUUGUCCGAGUUGGCGCUGCUUCAAAAGAAACCCAAGUGGAAAAAAUUGGAAAGUUUGGACUUGGAUUCAAUACUGUGUAUCAUGUGACAGAUGUUCCCUCCAUCCUGAGUGGCAACAGUCUUCUCAUUCUUGAUCCAAAUGUAACUCAUCUCAAAAAGCACAUCAAGCACAAAACAAAUCCUGGAAUCAAGCUUGAUCUCUCUAAUCAGCAACUUUUCCGUUGGUUUCCUGGUCAGUUUGGACCAUAUGAACACAUUUUUGAUUGCAAUAUCAGCAGACAAAGUCCUCCUGAACCCUAUUCAGGCACUCUGAUCAAACUACCUUUUCGAACUGAAGAAGAAGCUCUCCAGUCAGAAAUAAGCACAACGGUGUAUCACAAACACAAUAUCCUCACUUUUCAACAGCACUUAACUAAGAAUUCACAAACUCACCUGCUUUUCCUGAAGAAAGUCGAUGCAUUAACUCUGCAAACGAUCUCCAGCAAUGCAUCCACUCCACCAAGAGAUGAUGAAAUAGAAGCCGUUCUAACCGUCUCCAAAACCGUUGUGAGUGCAGUGAGGAUUCCUGAUGAAUCCUUUGUGUCGAAGCAAGAUCUGGCAGAAAAAUCACUGUUGAAGCUUGAUGGAAAAUGUAAAGAGGUCAUUGACUCCGCCACAGUCAGUGUUGUCCAAAUCACCAGUCAGCAGUCUGGAGUGACUGAAGUCCAGUCCUGGCUCCUGUACAACUGCUUUGGAACAGAUAAGUCUUUAAAAAUGGCCCUUGAAAAAAACAAAGAAGCCAAGUUCUCUUUGCCCAUAGGGGGGGUUGCUGUGCCUUUGAAUAAUAAUCCAAAAUCCGGGAAACUGGCCUCAUCACAAACAGAUCUUGUUGGACAGGCAUUUUGCUUCCUUCCUCUUUCCAUUCACACAGGUCUUCCAGUUAAUGUAAAUGGAACAUUUGCCGUAACAAGCAACCGUAAAGGUCUGUGGGAGAGUGGGGUGAAAAAUGACUGGAACAAAGCCCUUCCCAGGAUCCUGUAGUGAAGGCAUAUGUCAUGACACUUUUGACACUGAAAACGUCUGAAAUCAACCAACUGGAAGA